AAUUAGAGGUGCGGUGUCACUGUUGUCGCGCUGUCAGUCAGUCAGGGGAGAGGCGGUGGCGGUGGUGGCACUUUUGCCUCCGCCUCUUCUCGUGUCUGGGAACGGGGUGCCCGGUUGUCGGGAUCGGCCGUCCUGUCGCGCUCCGGUCGGGCUUUCGAGGCCCUAAACGGGCGGGGCGAUGCAGCCUCCGGGUCCCCAGCAGCCUCCCCCGCCGCCGCCCCCACUCUACGCGCCCACCAACGGGGAUUUCACCUUUGUCUCCUCGGACGACGCCGAAGAUCUGAGUGGUUCAAUAGCAUCUCCAGAUGUGAAGCUCAACCUUGGAGGAGGAAGUGGGGAAUUUAUCAAAGAGACUACAGCAACUACAUUCCUGAGGCAGAGAGGGUAUGGCUGGCUUUUGGAAGUAGAAGAUGAUGACCCUGAAGAUAACAAACCACUCUUGGAGGAAUUGGACAUCGAUCUGAAGGACAUAUACUACAAAAUUAGGUGUGUCUUGAUGCCAAUGCCAUCUCUUGGAUUUAACAGACAAGUAGUAAGAGAUAAUCCUGACUUCUGGGGUCCACUGGCAGUUGUCCUGUUUUUCUCUAUGAUUUCAUUAUAUGGGCAAUUUAAGGUUGUCUCUUGGAUUAUUACUAUUUGGAUAUUUGGAUCCUUGACAAUCUUCUUGUUGGCCAGAGUCCUUGGAGGAGAGGUUGCAUAUGGACAAGUUCUUGGAGUGAUUGGAUAUUCUUUGCUUCCUCUUAUUGUUAUAGCACCUGUUCUUUUAGUGGUUGGAUCAUUUGAAGUUGUUUCUACACUAAUAAAACUUUUUGGAGUCUUCUGGGCUGCCUACAGUGCUGCUUCGUUAUUAGUUGGAGAAGAAUUUAAGACCAAGAAGCCUCUCCUGAUCUAUCCCAUCUUCUUAUUGUACAUUUAUUUUUUGUCUUUAUAUACUGGGGUGUGACCGACAAAGCUGGAUUUGGACAGGAAUAAUGUCUUGCUCACCAUGAAAACUAAUGAAGUGUAAGGUUAACACAGCCUGGUUGAAAGGACAAAUGACUGUAUCAUAUAUGGCUGUCAACGUUUCAUAUAGUGGUAAUCUGAGUAUAUCUGUGUAUAUUAUUUAAGCAGUUUUAGUUACAUUAGAGAUUUAUAACAGAGUUUUAGGUUUAAAAUUUUAUGAACAGAGAUCAGAACUUGGUGAGUUUAAGCUGCAGUUGCAAAAUUAGAGCUUGUUACCUGUGCCAAAAGCACCAGGACCAUACGAUUGGUAUAUCAAUGGAAGAGGAAUUCCGAUUACUGGCGAUCGUUUGAAAGGUCAGUUCUUGCUUUCAACACAGCAGAUUCUGUAGAUAUAUUUAUGAAUCAGUCCUGAUAGUUCAGACUGACCUGUAAUCAAGGCAUUAUACUUAGUGUGGUGCCUGGCACACCACUCUUGAUUUGAUUAUCAAGUUAUAAAUUGACUUUUUAAAAGUAUGUUUGUCCAUCAACCACAUAUAGCUUUAGGAUGUUUCAUUUACAGAUUGCAUAACAACUUGUGUUUGAACUAGUCCUUGGUUUUUAACCAGCAGUAUAUGUAUGCAAUAGGAGUACAUUCUUUUUAAAAUGUUCAUUUCUGAAAUCUCAGAAAAAGAGUUUUUUUUAAACCUGCAGCAGCUUUGUGGUAGUAGUGAUGAGAGGGAAGAGAAGCUAAACAAAAUAUAUUAUUCUGAACCAAUGUCUUACAAUGGAAUAAACAAUGCUUCUCCAAAACUGUA